UUCCGGUAGGACUAUGUUGAUUACAGAAAAAAACUCUGGAUCUAGCCUGAUGUUUGAUUUAGUGAAUUGGUUUCUUAUUGCGUACGUCUGUUUUGAUGUAAUUCAAGGAUGCUACGGUCAGUUCAUGUUUCCUGAAGAUUUGUCCGGCACAUGGACUGUAACGGGCCAAAACGAGUUUGUCUUUCAGAGGUCGGCCUUGUCUGGCUACGCCAUCUGUCCCAUAACAGCCUACUCAUGCAAGAACUACCCCUCUACCUGGGAGCUUGUACUCAGUCAAAGAAACACUUACGUCCUCAGGUCCAUAGCCUUUGACCAAGAUGAGGAUCCUACCAUCAAAGUUCAACUCUACACCUGUCUCUAUCUCAAAAAUGUAUCAGCUGGGAUGUACCUCGCCUUCCAGAGUCCUCGCAUUCGUAAUAGCGAUUACAACGACUAUGUUCUAGAAGUAACAGUAAAUAAAGAAAUCAACUUAUCAAGCGUCUGCAAUUUCCUGGAAAAAACACUUCCGGCGGCACGUAACUUUUUGCUUAUCAGAAAGGAUAUUCGCUACGUGAAGAAAUUAAAUCCUCACAUGUGCGCUGAUAACAUAAUGGGAAGUUUCUCAGGUCACGAUGAUGAAAACCUGUGCUGGGUGAAAGUCGACUCCUGCGCAGAGCAGGGCAAACUCCUUGUCGGAAGCAACUGUACAGAAGGCAUAUUUAGUACACUGACAAAUCAAAAUGCAGAUAAACUAAUCUGUCUCUAUAGUCAAAGCGAGGCUGACAUUGAGAGGCUAAAUGUUCUAUAUAAUACAGACCAACUUAUUUAUCUGUCAAGCUUGUCACUCUACUAUAUGAACGAGAACAAGGAAGAACUUAUCAUUAAAGUGUUUAAAAAAGAGAAACUUUCGCUUGACGCAAACAAAGUCCUAGUAUACCAACUGAAGAGACUCAGUAAGUACAGACCUAAAUGUUCCCUACAAUGA